UAGCUUCAAUGACGGUGCGCAUAUUGCAAGCAACUGUCGGGUUAUAGUUCUUCUCAAGACGACCUUGGACAUUUUCUCUAUUCCAGAACGUGGGAGAGAUUCGUCGAUCAGGCUCGCGUGUUUUGUGCAGCUCAAACCUUUCGGUCCCCGCGCGCUACGCGCUCCGCAGUAAUGGCGAGUAUCGACGAGCUUUUCAAGAACCCUGUAAUUACAGGAGGCAAUAAGCGCAAAUUCGAACCGAAUCAGGAUCCAAAUGAACUAUAUAAGGCAGCUAAGCUAGGUGCCAAUGGAGAUGUGAAAAACAAGGGUAAAGCGCCUAUGGUCGAGGACGAAGGUGCAGAAGAGGACGACGGUAUCGCGGGCCCAGAGCUCCCUCCAGAUUUCGAAGAAGAUGUACCAGAUGACGAGGAAGGCCGUUUCUUCGGUGGUGGUAUGGCGCGCGAGACGGCGAAGGCAAUGGAGUAUAUUGAUCAGGUGGAUGAGGAGGGGCCAGUUGCGCCUGAAAAGAUCGAUAGCGCCUGGGUGCGUCGCCUCGCACUGAAUUUCGAGAAGCGGAUAUCGAAGAAUGCGGAGCUGCGAGCAAAAUACGAGAAUGAUCCGCAAAAGUUUAUGGCAUCUGAGGCUGAUUUGGAUUCCGAUAUCAAAUCAUUGUCUAUCCUCUCUGAACAUCCGGAGUUGUACGACGAAUUCGCGAAAUUGGGAUCCGCGGCCUCACUUGUCUCCCUCUUGACCCACGAUAACACUGACAUAGCAAUCGAUGCUAUUCAGAUUAUCAGCGAACUGACGGACGAAGACGUUGAAGCGAAGCAGGAACAAUGGGACAGUCUUGUCAAUGCGCUGCUGGAUGCCGAUGUUAUUGAUCUGAUGACGUCGAACCUCUCUCGAUUGGACGAAGAGAAUGAAACUGACAGAGCAGGAGUUUACUAUAUCUUGAGCGUCCUCGAGAACCUAGCUUCGCAGACAUCCAUCGCAGAGAAGAUUGGGGAAGGUCAUGAUGUCUUCAAGUGGCUACUAUCACGGAUACAGAGAAAGGAGAGCCCCGUCAGUCAAAAUAAGCAGUACGCCGCUGAGAUUUUGGCCAUCCUGUUACAAUCUUCUGCCAAGAACCGAGAAAAGUUCAUCGGUCUAGAUGGUGUCGAUGCCCUACUUCAACUUCUCAGCCCUUACCGGAAACGGGACCCUGAGAAAGAUUCCGAUGAGGAGGAAUACGUGGAAAAUCUGUUCGACUGCUUGGUCUGUCUAGUGGAUGAAGACGCUGGGAAAGAAAAAUUCCUUGAGGGUGAAGGAAUUGAACUGGCGCUUAUCAUGCUCCGAGAGGGGAAAUUCAGCAAGCAACGAGCCUUGCGAGUCUUGGAUCAUGCUCUUGCGCCGCAGGGAGGUGCACCUGCUUGCGAACGGCUGGUGGAGGCAGCUGGUCUGAAGACGGUGUUUGGCACGUUCAUGAAAAAGCAAGAGCAUCAGACCAUUGAACAUCUGCUCGGGAUCUUCAACUCCAUGCUGCGCCUUCUACCUGGUGGUUCCGCUGCGCGGAUCCGAACACUGGCGAAGUUUAUGGAGAAAGACUACGAGAAGAUUGAGAAACUAGUCAAACUUCGACGCGACUACGCGUCGAGGAUAAGACCGGUCGAGGAGGUCAUCGAAAAAGAGCGGAAGUCGCUAAGUAAGGAAGAUCAGGAAGCCAUGGCUGCCGAAUGGCUAUCUCGUCGACUCGAUGCGGGUCUUUUCUCACUACAGAUGAUCGACGUUAUUCUGGCUUGGCUAGUUGCCGAGGAUGAUGGCGCGAAGAAGAAAAUCGAGGCGCUCCUUGCGGACCGUGACGAGGAUCUAUCGCUUGUCCGGGGCACUCUCGAAGAGCAAAUUGAGGGUCUUGGUGAGGAAGAUGCUGGUGAACGGGAUUUGAAAGGGAUGCUGGAAACUCUACUGCAGUUCACGCAGCCUAGCGGGAAGUGAUGGCCACCUCGUUCCCAUGUAAUAUAUACUAGUGCAAUAAUAAUGAUUUCAUAAUCAUUGAUAAAGCCUUUAUAUUGCCUGGAAUAAUAUGGUGAAUUAGAGUGUUG